UGAAAACCAACGACUCCGAAAUGACGAACGCGGUACGAGCGCCAAUAAUGGCGAAUUAAAGCCUGUCAACGUUCAUGAUUGUCUAUUUCAAGGUUUUCAUCGUGUCAUUUUCGAGUUAAAUGAACCAAAGUCUGACCCGAACGUGAACAAAUCGAAGUGGGCGGAUUUGCACUCAAACGCAUUAUUACAGGAGUCAGUUUCUGGUUAGCUUAGCGGUCGAGAGCGCCACCAUGUUUCCUUCGUGUCCGGGUCCAAAACACCUCUCACCGAUAUGCUAUCUCCUGCUAACCGUGUGCCUCGCGUCCUUGCCGGUUACCGAGGCCAAGCGGGACACCCUCCGGGAAGUCACCGACGGCAACUGGGAGGACAUCCUGACCGGAGAGUGGAUGAUUGAAUUUUAUGCGCCAUGGUGUCCAGCCUGCCAGCAGCUCCAACCCGUGUGGAAGGAGUUUGCUGAUUGGGGGGAGGACAUGGGGGUCAACAUAGCCAAGGUGGACGUCACAGAGCAACCAGGUCUUAGUGGCAGAUUCAUCAUUACGUCACUUCCGACCAUUUACCAUUGCAAAGAUGGCGUCUUCCGCAAGUACCAGGGCGCCCGCACCAAGGACGACUUCCUCAGCUUUGUGGACGAAAAGAAGUGGAGUGUGGUGGAGCCGGUCUCCUCCUGGUUCGCACCCUCGUCUUUUCUAAUGAAUUCCAUGUCUGCUCUCUUCAAGCUCUCCAUGUUCAUCCGACGUUGUCAUAACUACAUGACGGAGCAACUGGGUAUUCCUGUGUGGGGCUCAUACGUCAUCUUCGGCCUGGCCACGCUCUUCUCCGGCCUCGCUCUGGGACUGCUGCUGGUGUUCAUCGCCGACUUUGUUUUCCCAUCGCGACGAUUCUCGCCAGACUACUAUCAGAAGAAACAAACGGGGGACCAGGCCUGGCUCCUCCAACAGCAGCAGGAGGAGGAGGAGGAGCACGAGGCCGACGGCGAGGAGGACGACGACGAAGAGGAGGAAGAGGAGGAGGAAGACGACGAGGCGUGGAGGACGCGGCGGCCCCGCAGGGCCUCCCCCGAAGGCCGCCCCGAGUCCAAAGAACAGGCCGUGAGGAAGCGGGCAGUGCCCAGCCGCAAAGAGGAAGAAGAUGAGGAAGAGGAGGAGGAAGACGACGAGGCGUGGAGGACGCGGCGGCCCCGCAGGGCCUCCCCCGAAGGCCGCCCCGAGUCCAAAGAACAGGCCGUGAGGAAGCGGGCAGUGCCCAGCCGCAAAGAGGAAGAAGAUGAGGAAGAGGAGGAGGAAGACGACGAGGCGUGGAGGACGCGGCGGCCCCGCAGGGCCUCCCCCGAAGGCCGCCCCGAGUCCAAAGAACAGGCCGUGAGGAAGCGGGCAGUGCCCAGCCGCAAAGAGGAAGAAGAUGAGGAAGAGGAGGAGGAAGACGACGAGGCGUGGAGGACGCGGCGGCCCCGCAGGGCCUCCCCCGAAGGCCGCCCCGAGUCCAAAGAACAGGCCGUGAGGAAGCGGGCAGUGCCCAGCCGCAAAGAGGAAGAAGAUGAGGAAGAGGAGGAGGAAGACGACGAGGCGUGGAGGACGCGGCGGCCCCGCAGGGCCUCCCCCGAAGGCCGCCCCGAGUCCAAAGAACAGGCCGUGAGGAAGCGGGCAGUGCCCAGCCGCAAAGAGGAAGAAGAUGAGGAAGAGGAGGAGGAAGACGACGAGGCGUGGAGGACGCGGCGGCCCCGCAGGGCCUCCCCCGAAGGCCGCCCCGAGUCCAAAGAACAGGCCGUGAGGAAGCGGGCAGUGCCCAGCCGCAAAGAGGAAGAAGAUGAGGAAGAGGAGGAGGAAGACACCUAGAGGGGCGGAGUGGAGCGUCACGUCAUCCCUUGUCGAGUGGGAGGAACCUCACACUUCGAACGACGUUUACAAAGCGCCUCUCUUCCUCCUCCUCCUCCUCCUCCUCUUCCUCGGGCGCCUUGGCGGCUCCACCUGAGAACAAAACUUGAGCGUUGGGAGGCUUUUGGAGCCGUUGGGAGUUUGCGGUGUUCUGUUUUCAGCUAUGCAUCCUUUCUUUUUUUAUUAUUGUUAUUUUUUUGGUUAAAUAAAGGUUUCAUUUUAUGUAUAUA